UUGCUCAUUUAAGAUGUUCUAUUUGAAUACAGAAUAUCAUCUUUCUAAAGGAAUUUCAUCUGGAUUUAAAAUGUAAAACAAAUAGACAAUCUAAAACAAAUUGACAAUCUGGAGCUUCUGUCGGUCCGCGUACCAAAAUGAUGUCAAUGUAUCAUCAAAUGGAAUAUUUGUGUUUGAUUUAUUUGAGAUCGUAACGUUGGAUAUAGCCUUGGUCGGUUAUUUCGCAAGACUGGUGUGCCAUAUAUAUAUAUAUAUAUAUAUUUUUUUAAAGUUGACCAACGGACUGGACAGCAAAAGGAGCCGCAUCUAUACCGAGACCAUCAGAAUACAUUUUCUGCGCUAACGCAGAGGAGAUGGGCAGGAGAGGCGGCGAGCACUGCUGUCGGCUUGCGGGAGAAGAGAAGAGCCGUUUGGGUUUGCAUGGAUUUGGAUUCUAAGGUCCCCUUCCAUCGGUUCAGACCUCAGAAUAACGUCUUCUUCGCCGCUGACAGCUUGACGGUUGGUCUAUCUAUCUGCCUGGCGGAACGGGCUAACGGCAAAAGGACGGGAGGAAAAGAAGAGCGAGCCAUCACUUCUCCGGUUUGAUCGAUCGGUCGGAAGCAGAACGGGCUUGGGGACCAGUUUGAGUGUGCGUGAGGAAACCGAUAUCGCCUCUGGGGCAUUCUUUCAACGGCAGGAGGCUAGGAGGCUACAGCACGUUUGACUGAGGAGGAGGAGGUGCUGAUACAAACAAUAUAAACCUUUACAGCUGACCAAAUAGAUACCUCGGAGUCAAAAAAGGGGGUCGAUAGGAAAAGAGGCAUUACGCAGUGUCGACCAAAACACUUCAGGAUACAAGUACAGGUGUUGUGAGGUACCAGCCACAGCCCAGUGCUGGAUCCCAGAGGGCCAUUCAGUGUGGUAAGGACCCCCAGGACCCCCGAGGGUGGAUGGAUCGCUUCAGGCCGAGGCUGACGAGGCCGGGGCCGGAGAUCAGGACGGGGUCGUCCUCCUCCUCCUACCAAGCCUGCCUCUGGUUGGGCCUGCUCUCCGUGGCCGCAGCCUUCAAGUGCGCAGAGGGCACCCGCACCACCCCCAGCCCCGCCACCACAGACUCCCACAAUGCCACCUGCUCCGAGGGCACGUCCAGGUGCAAGCCAGGAAUCGUCCUGCCCAUCUGGUACCCUGAGGACCCCUCCAUGGGGGAUAAGAUGGCCCGAGUCAUCGUCUACUUUGUAGCUAUGAUCUACAUGUUCCUGGGAGUGUCCAUCAUAGCAGAUCGCUUCAUGGCGGCCAUCGAGGUCAUCACCUCCCAGGAGAAGGAGAUUAUUAUUAAGAGAGCCAACGGAGAGACCACCACCGCUACCAUCAGAAUCUGGAACGAGACGGUCUCCAACCUGACCCUCAUGGCCCUGGGUUCUAGUACCCCUGAGAUCCUGCUGUCUGUCAUCGAAGUCUGUGGACACGACUUCGUAGCUGGCGAGCUGGGGCCGUCUACGAUCGUCGGCAGCGCUGCCUUCAACAUGUUCGUGAUCAUCGGCCUGUGUGUGUCUGUGAUCCCCGAGGGAGAGACGAGGAAGGUGAAACAUCUUAGAGUGUUCUUUGUGACGGCAGCGUGGAGUAUCUUCGCCUACAUCUGGCUCUACAUGAUCCUGGCGGUGUUCAGUCCCAACGUAGUCCAGAUAUGGGAGGGGCUGCUAACCCUGGCCUUCUUCCCCAUCUGUGUCAUACUGGCCUGGGUAGCCGACCGACGACUCCUCUUCUACAAGUUCAUGCACAAGAAGUACCGCGCUGACAACCACCGCGGCGUCAUCAUCGAGACCGAGCACGAGCGCUCCAAGAGCAUCGAGAUGAUGGACGGCGGCGGCAAGAUGGUCAACUCCCACUUCGCCCACGACGGAGGCGCCGCCAAUAACCUCAUCAGCCUGAUCGAGGGGAAAGAAGUGGAUGAGUCUCGGCGGGAUAUGAUCCGGAUCCUGAAGGACCUGAAGCAGAAACACCCAGAGAAGGAGAUGGACCAGCUGGUAGAGAUGGCUAACUACUAUGCCUUAUCUCACCAGCAGAAGAGCCGAGCCUUCUACCGCAUCCAGGCCACGCGCAUGAUGACGGGUGCCGGGAACAUCCUGAAGAAGCACGUGGCAGAGCAGACCAAGAGGAGCGCCAGCGUACAGGAAGUGUGUGUGGUGGGGGAGGAAGUCGAGGAGUACGUGUCACGGAUCGCCUUCGAACCCGCCGUGUACCAGUGCCUGGAGAACUGUGGCGCCGCCCUGCUGGCCAUCUUCAGGAAGGGCGGCGACAUGGCCAAUACCAUCUACGUGGAUUACAAGACGGAGGACGGCUCAGCCAACGCCGGCGCAGACUACGAGUUCACCGAGGGAACCGUGGUGUUCAAACCCGGCGAGAUUGUCAAGGAGAUCAGCAUCGGAAUCAUCGACGACGACAUCUUUGAGGAGGACGAGCACUUCUUCGUGCGUCUCAGCAACGUGCGUGUCCUGGAGUCAGACGAGGAUGAGACACUACUGUCCCCCAACUCUCUCCCGUACCCUAAGGCCCUGCUGGGGUUCCCGUCCGUCGCCACAGUUACCAUCCUGGACGACGACCACGCCGGGAUAUUCACCUUCGAGAGCGACACGUGUCAGGUGAGCGAGAGCGUGGGCGUGAUGGAGGUGAAGGUGCUGAGGACUUCGGGGGCGAGGGGGACAGUCAUCGUCCCCUAUCGUACCAUGGAGGGGAUCGCCAAGGGAGGAGGGGAGGACUUUGAGGACACCUACGGAGAACUGGAGUUCAGGAACGACGAGACCUGCAAAACAUUUCAUGUGAAGGUGAUAGACGAUGAGGAGUAUGAGAAAAACAAGAACUUCUUCCUGGAGCUGGCCGAGCCGCGCAUGGUAGACAUGAGCCUGCAGAAAGAUGUCCCUAAGUUCUCAUCAGAGGAAGAGGAAGCUAAGCGGAUCGCAGAGAUGGGGAAGCCAGUGCUGGGGGAACACUCCAAACUGGAGGUCAUCAUCGAGGAGUCCUACGAGUUCAAGAACACAGUGGACAAGCUGAUCAAGAAGACGAACCUGGCUCUGGUGGUGGGCACCAACUCCUGGAGACAACAGUUCAUGGAGGCUAUCACAGUCAGUGCAGGAGACGAGGAUGAGGAAGACUCUGGUGAAGAGCGUCUCCCAUCAUGUUUCGACUACGUCAUGCACUUCCUCACCGUCUUCUGGAAGGUGCUGUUCGCCUGUGUUCCUCCCACGGACUACCUGAAUGGCUGGGCCUGCUUCUUCAUCUCCAUCGUCAUCAUCGGCAUGCUGACCGCAGUAAUCGGCGAUCUGGCCUCUCACUUUGGCUGCACCAUCGGGCUGAAGGACUCUGUUACUGCCGUGGUGUUCGUGGCGCUGGGUACAUCUGUCCCUGACACAUUUGCCAGUAAGGUAGCGGCGGUGCAGGACACAUAUGCAGACGCCUCCAUCGGUAACGUGACGGGCAGCAACGCGGUCAACGUGUUCCUGGGCAUCGGGGUGGCAUGGUCGAUAGCCGCCAUCUACUGGCACAUGCAAGGCAAGCAGUUUGUGGUGGAGGCCGGCUCGCUGGCCUUCUCCGUCACCCUCUACACCAUCUUCGCCUUCCUGGGGGUCUCCGUGCUGCUGUACCGCCGCCGGGCCCACAUCGGGGGGGAGCUGGGCGGGCCGCGCGGCCACAGACUGGCCACCUCAGCCUUCUUCUUCAGUCUCUGGUUCCUCUAUAUCCUCUUCUCCAGCAUGGAGGCCUACUGUCAUAUAGAAGGCUUCUAGAACACUUCUGAAACACUUCUAGAACCCUUCUGAAAGGCUUCUGGAGCAUUCUAGAGCCUCCUUUCAGGCUCCUUCCAGGAGGUUCAAAGUAGAACUUUAAGAAGUAAAAGUGGGAAUGAUGUGGAAGGAUGGUUUGUCGGUAUAACGGGAUGAGAAGAGGAGAAGAAUAGGAAGUGAAGGGGGUUUGUGGUGGUAAUAACUCCCUCUCCUCCACCCUCCCUCAACCCCCCCUCUAAGGACUCCCAGACGUGGUCAGUCUAUCUAUCGAUGUUAAGGCAUUGAGAGCCGGUCUGUUACCCACGUAGGAGUGCUUACAGCUGGGAUUGGGGAACCGUCAUACUGGGGUGAGAGCACCAGGAGUGGGUCUCAUCUGGUCUGGUUUGUAUUCCACUAGAAGAGACAUCAACUGGUCUUAAAACUGGAGAGAUCUGAGCUACCAUUAGAAGUCUAUAUUUUUCUCAAACACCUUGAUGAGAACAACUUUUUUUUUACACAACAAACAAAAAUGACACACAAAAAAAAGACAAAUCAAAGAUGCUAUUUUCUGAUCUUACAUUGUGGAGAACAAAAAAAGAUGAUAUCGUUUAAUGGAUAUUAUGUUGUUGAUGAUGAGUGACAAUUGAAUGGACUCAUAGUAUUUAGUUUCUUAUUUUUAAGGAACGAAUACAGCGGCAGAGUUCUCAGAGGCAAAGAGGAGGAACAACGGGAAAAAACGAAGUAACAAAACGAAGUAAGAAAACGAAGUAACGACAGAUCAAAAACGAAGUAACAAAACAAACUAACGACAGAUCAAAAACGAAGUAACGACAGAUCAAAAACGAAGUAACAAAACGAAGUAACGAGACAGAUCAAAAACGAAGUAACAAAACGAACUAACGACGGAUCAAAAACGAAGUAACAAAACAAACUAACGACGGAUCAAAAACGAAGUAACAAAACGAACUAACGACAGAUCGACGAUCAAACUAAAGACGGAAGGAAAAGAACAAGAAGAAGGAAAACAAGGAUUAUUAAACUGCCUUGAACAUCACUUCAUUACUCUCUCUCUAUAUAUAUAUAUAAUAUAGAGACAUAUUUUCUGUAUAUUUUGAAUAUUUGUUUUCAAUGUUGUCACAUUUGGCUUCUUCAGUCCUACAGAGGACCGCUGUGGUUUGGUUUGGUUUGAGGGGGUCGUAUCCUGGGAAAAGGAUACCUAUGUCUCAAAUGGCACCCUGCAGAGAGAAAUACUUUCUCCCAGGGCUCAUAUAGCUCUGGUGCACUACAUAGGGAAUAGGGCUCUGGUCAACGGUAGUGCACUACAUAGGGAAUAGGUUGCCAUUGGAGAUGUACCCCGAUGUCGUCUUCAUGUUGUUUUAUAAAUAUCUAUUACAUCUUACCUAAUGAAUUUAAAGAAACAUUGUAUUUUAAUUUAUUAUUAAUAUAAAUAUAUUGCUCUCACAAAGUUUUCACAUUUUAUUAAAUCAACAACAACAACAACCCCCCCCUCCCCAAAAAAUAUAAAAUGUGUUUCUGCAGAAAACUGUAACUGAUUGAUAAUUCAGAGCUAUUUUUCUACUGGUCUUCCAUGAUGCACUUUGCUGUAAACAUCUUAUUUAUUGAGACUUCUGUUCCCAUGUGACGUACAAGAUGGUAAUAUUGAACUAUAAGACCUGUUGAAAUGACGAAACCCUUUACUGCAUCUGUAGCUCACUACCAGCGUGGUGCUAGUGGGUUGAGAUGAGAUGACCUGACUCAAUGUCUCAUUGACAAGCUUUUCAUUCAAUUCAUGUCAUACUUUUUUAAAAUCACUUGUGACAUAGUCAAAAGGGGAAAUAAGUGUUAUCAUUUGUUUUGAAAUGUGUUCUACGCUCUUGUGGCUUUGAAUCUCUAGUGACUCUUGUCGAGGAGUGAAAUUUAAAGGAGAGAGAGACAUUUUAAAGAGAAAGAGAAAGAGAGAUGGUGAGAGAGAGAGAGAACUCAUGUAUACUAAUUUAAAGGAGAGAGAGAGGGAGAGAUAAACAUGGUUUAAUAGUGAUUAAGAGAGAGAACUCAUGUAUACUAAUUUAAAGCUCUCAACAAUCAGAUAUUUGUUGUUUAAUUUAUAAUUUAUAAUUUAAUUUAUAUACCUGUACUGUAGUCUAUUAUUUAAAUACCUGAUUGUUGGCCAUUUUAAAUCUGUGUAGAGAACCAAAAUGCAUAGAGGUACAGCUAUACAACAUCAAGGAUGUAUCCACUAGGAACCAGGGGUUGGAAUCCCCCAAAAAAUAUUUUGUUUCAGAACUAUAUUCUUUUUUUGGUCCGUUUCACUGUUUUCCGACCAGCAACGUGUUGAACCAAUUCUAAACAACAACAACAACAACAAGUGUACUGGUUUAUAUCGUUCAUUUCUAUUCCCUUUUAAACCUCUGAAAUGUUGCUCAAUAUUAAAUGACUUCACUAAUCAGUGCGGAUAGAGCAGCUUGCUAAGCUAUUUAAUCAGUAUAGGAAAGUCAUUAAGAGCCAGUUGUCUUUUGCCGUAAAAGCAUGGUUUAAUCAGAAUGAAAAACACACACGCGCGCGCUGUGCUGCCACUCACUAUGGACAGACAGGGCGCGAGAUGCGAAUGAUAUUUUGAGGGUGGGGAGAGAGCGAGAUGGGGUGGAGGAGGCUUGGCUUGAAGCGCUGGGCAUCUUAUGACGUGCAUUAACUGAAUUAGGCAGAAUUAUAUCUUCUUAUAUCAUAGUGGCUUCUAUGGAGGAACGUCGAAUGUCUUUAAACUUCCGGGUGUGGGUUUAACGUUGGACAAGAGAGAACAUUAUCUAGCUAACAAUCUUGUGUGUUCAGAGCAGCACCAGAAUUACCUUUUUUUGUAGUUAAUAAAUCCAAUGUGAAAUGUGAUAACUAGAGUAUCCUUAACUAGCAUUGAAAAAAAAGUUAAUCCGUUCUUCUCUAAUUCAACAUCUCUCUCCCUACUUUCUGAAUCACGUUAGAUUCAGGUGAGGUAGCCUACACACACACACUGGCAUAGGUAACAGAGUGAGGGCUUUGCAUAGACGCUUUGUGGCAAUUUUUGUGGGACUGGGAAAAAAAUGUCUGGAACUUUAAAAAAUAACGUUAUUAACCGGUUCCCACGCUUUAAUGGUUCUGUCCUGGAACCAUAUGGAUCACUUUCGUUCCCGGUUCUGAUUCUGUCCCUCAAAUAAAUUCGUUAUUUUCCGGUUUUUGUGUCUGUUCCCUGAACUGUUUCCAACCCCUGCUAAGAACCAAACAGAAGCAAACAGAACGAAACGGGGAAAGGAACCAACCUAAUUUUGUCCAAUAGAAAUCCUCGUUUUCAUUGCAAAAUUAUUUCCGUUGCUAAACGUAUUUUGUUGUUGUUACGGUGUGUGACUAAUGAAUACAACCUAGUAACACGAUGAGGUCAUCAGAGGGAGACCCAGAAAGCCGCAGUGACACUCAGGUACCACCAGGGGGGGGGGGUCAAUCUCAAUAUCAACCUCCAGCCCUUGUGGUGUGGUUGCCUCUUCCCUUCGAUUCCGUUCCCUUGGUCUGGUCAGGUCCACUCUUCAUAACACCCGAGUUUGUAUUUAUAGUUUCCUCUUCUAUCAUGAGACAUCAGGCAGUGGCUUGCCUGGUCCCAGAUCUGUUUGGGUUUUUUUUCCUACUCCGUUGUCAUUGUCGAGUCAGUUGCAUGAACAAUUCCGUAAUGAGUUGUCAAAAGUGUAGGAACGGACUGGAACUCAGGCUAGCUCAACGACACGUGUACGUCAAUCUACAUGUUUACAGACAAACACAGUAACGUGUGCUUACUAUGUCAACAUUUACAUCCACCGUAGUGUGUGUGUGUGAUUAUCAAACGCCAUACCCCCCCCCUCCUGAGAGUCUUAUAGGAAACAAGAAUUGCUGUGUUAUGAAGUGACCAGCGCAAAUAGAAGGAUAUAAAUAAAUAAAAACAUUUAAGAACUUAUCUUAUCUACAUACAAUCCCAAAAUAUAUUUAGCAUGGUGCCAGUCUUAUUUGUUAGUUUAGUGGAGGAUCAUUUUGUUAGUUUACUGGAGGAUCAUUUUGUUAGUUUACUGGAGGAUCAUUUUGUUAGUUUACUGGAGGAUCAUUUUGUUAGUUUAGUGGAGGGUCAUUUUGUUAGUUUACUGGAGGAUCAUUUUGUUAGUUUAGUGGAGGAUCAUUUUGUUAGUUUAGUGGAGGAUCAUUUUGUUAGUUUAGUGGAGGAUCAUUUUGUUAGUUUAGUGGAGGAUCAUUUCGUUAGCUUGGUUUUAUUCAUGAUCUUGUCACGUGAGAAGAGUUUAUCUGUAUGCACAAGUGAUUGUAUCUGUUCUACAGCACAGCUGAGAACGCUGUCAUUGUCACUCACGUUGUGAAGGGAUGAGAACACGUUUUAAUGGAUGGAGAAGGAUUGUUCGUGGUUUAAAAUAGACAUUUGUGUUUUUACGUGAAUGUUCUUUGAUACCAUCCCCCUCUAUUGGUUCUGUGCGGGAUAACGGACAUGCAGUCGUAAUAUAGUUAAUCUAUAACUGUCACCUCUCUGUUGUAAUUUACCACCAUAUUACACUGGAUUUUUACAGAAGUCAGGGACAGUAUUUAAAAAUAGAAAUUGACUUUUUAAGAUGAUUAUUUUUUGUCCACAGAGUAUGGUUGUAUGUGAUGUCGUCAUGAAAUGUGCUUUGUUUACACGUUACGAAUCACCAUAAUUUGCAACAAAAUCUCAAAUAGUUUCUUUUUUGAAUCAACGAUGCUGUGACAGUAUGCGUGGCAACUUUGAAAGAAACUUUUAUUUCAAAUUGUGAUAUGUUUUUACAAAUAUCCAAAAAAGAGAGGUAUGGAGUUUCUCUAUACUGAUGUCCCAGAUCAAAUAGAGGUGUUUAUAAUAUAUUUACCUAAAAGUUUUUUUCUAAUACAGAUUUAAAAAAUAACUUGUUUUGGUGCUGAUAAAAGUAAAAACAAUCCCUCUGCAAAAGCCUGUCAAAAAUAAUCUGCACCUUGUAACCACAAUGUAUUUCAUCUUGUACCAUGUACCAUGUUCCGUUCCAAUGUAUCUCAUCUUGUACCAUGUUCCGUUCCAAUGUAUCUCAUCUUGUACCAUGUUCCGUUCCAAUGUAUCUCAUCUUGUACCAUGUUCCGUUCCAAUGUAUCUCAUCUUGUACCAUGUUCCGUUCCAAUGUAUCUCAUCUUGUACCAUGUUCCGUUCCAAUGUAUCUCAUCUUGUACCAUGUUCCGUUCCAAUGUAUCUAGUCUUGUAUCAUGUUCCGUUCCAAUGUAUCUCAUCUUGUACCUUGUACCAUGUUCCGUUCCAAUGUAUCUCAUCUUGUACCUUGUACUACGUUCUGCCAUGAAUUGCAAUGUUUCUAUCAUGUCCAUCUCGCAUUUGACCGUGUCCCAAAUGGCACCCUAUUCCCUAUAUAGUGACAAUGGCCCCGGUCAAAACUAGUGCACUAUAAAGGGAAUAGAGUGCUGUUCGGGACUCAGCCAAUGUUAUGAAGGUGACGCAACCAGGACCUGAGCCAUCACAUAUCAUCAUACCCCAAUAUUACAUGUACCAGCAGCAUAUUGUACCAAAAAAAAAACAACACAAAUCUAGUAAGACUACCAUGACUAUUAAAAC